CUGAAAUUCUUCUCAAUCUAUAUACCCAUAUAUCUGUAAUUUACGUUUUGUAUCUCCAUGAGAAUAGAAGAUAUCAUCUAUUUCACCAUUGCUAUAGGUUUAAUUGGUUUACUAUUUGAUUAACCGAGUGACGAAGUUUACAAACCAAAAUAAACCUGAUUUCGACCCGAUUAAAACCUGAUUUUGACCCGAUUAGAAACAUAACCCUCAACCGAGAAAUCCCUAAAAUCACAUUUUAACCUCUUUUUUGUUUUCUCUCGCGACGAACCCUAGAAAAUCAAAUUUCACCAUCGAUUUCUCAAAUUGAAUCGAUGGAUUUAAUAAUCCGAUCUGGUUUUGGGCAACAAGAUGGUAUUGGGCAAAGAGAUGGUGUUGGAGAACGAGAGUACGAUGAAGAAGGAGAGGAUCGAGAUGAAUUUCACGUCGAUAUGCUUGCUCAGGAAUUUACCGAUGCUGAAGAGUCGAUUCGUCAUGAUACGUACCCAGAAAGUGACGACGAGGAAGAAGGUCGUGGUCGUGGUGCGGGUCGUGGUCGUGGUGCGGGUCCAGAGAGGGUGUUUACGGAUAUCGGACGUGGUGAUGGAACUUUGUGGAAAGACCAAUCCUUCUACAAUGGGGUCGCAUUCAAGGAGAGUGUCUUGGACUAUGCACUACAUACUGGUUACAAUUUGAAGCAAUACAGGUAUGACAAAGAUAAACUCGGGUUUAGAUGUGUUGGGGAUAAGGGCAAUUGUGAGUGGAAAGUGUUUGCUGCACUUCUUCCAAACGCAUCUUUGUGGAAGAUUACGAAAUACAUUGAUAAGCAUUGUUGUACCCCCAAUGGCGAGUGUGAGAUGUUUAAGGUCCCAGUCAUAGCUAGAAUUUUUCUCGAUAAGAUUAGAGAGGAACCGGAUCAUUACAAGCCUUUGAGGAUUGAACAGAUUAUCAUGGAAAGGUGGAAGAUAUCCGCUACUAGGCCACAAUGUCAAGCUGCUCGGAGAAAGGCUUUGGGAUGGAUAGAGUAUGAGUAUGAACAACAGUUUGCACGACUGCGAGAUUACCAAGCUGAGAUCUUGGAAGCAAAUCCAGGGUCUGUUGUGGAGAUUGAUACAAUUAAGAAUGAUGCUGGUCAAGACGUCUUCAAUCGGUUUUAUGUUUGUUUCGAUGCCCUUAGAAGAACUUGGAAACAGACUUGCCGGCCAAUAAUAGGAGUUGAUGGCGCCUUCUUAAAGGCAAAGAUCAAGGGACAGUUGCUUGCUGCAUUAGGCAGAGAUGCAGACAAUGGCAUCUAUCCAAUAGCCUGGUGUGUUGUUCAAGUUGAGAACAAAGACAAUUGGUUAUGGUUUGUGAAGAGAUUGAAGACUGACCUGGAUCUAAACGAGGGAGAUGGUUACAUUUUAGUGUCUGAUCGACAAAAGGGGUUGAUAAAAGCUGUGGAGUUGGAGUUACCACAAAUAGAGCAUAGAAUGUGUGUUAGACACNGAGAAGUUGUUCAGGGUGGUGGAGGACUAUCUCAAGGUGGUGGAGGACUUUCACAAGCCUGA